GCUCCUCUUGCCGGUUCCGGUUCCCGUUUGCUCCUCUUGCCGGUUCCGGUUCCCGUCACCCUCAAGAGCAGCAAUGGCCGGGCCCAACGGGGAGCCGAGUUCCAUCGCGAGCGAGGACGCGCUCCUCGAGGAAGACGAGGAGUACCAAGAUUUGAACUCCGCGCUUGACCAAAUCAGCUCCUUCCUGGACCAGCUGGAGGAGCGGAACGACUCCUUGAAUGCUCGUCUCCGGGAGUUGCUGGCGUCGAACCAGCAGGAGCGACGGGGCGCGUCCAGCGAGGCCCAGGGCACUCAGCAGCAAAACGAGCGCUGAUGCCACAUCUUCCACCCCCUCUUCCACCCCCUCAUCAUCGCUCACCUCCUAAGCCCGGUUGGGCUGGAAGUUAGAUCUUUUUCUUUCUUCAACCAUACCGAAACCGAGACUGGAGGAGAGUUGAAUUGGAAGUGAGAGGCUUUAUAAAAAUUUUGGAUCUUGUGUUUCGUUGACGGAGGUGUUGGUUUAUUGCAUUUUAAGGCAUCCAAGGCAAAUUAAAUGUGGUUCAUUUAUUCCUUCACCUGCAUGUGUCUUUCUGUUUCCGUGUUGAUGAGUCGAUGUCAGAUAUUGCCGUGACUUCAGCUGACAAAAUAAAAACCACAGUAUUGCAAUAACUUUCAAAGUAUAUUUGCUCAUAUGCACAACCUGAAAUAGAGUGGUGUCACAAUCUCCUUUAUACAAACAAAAGUGUUUUCAUUGAUUUUUCACAAGAUGAGUUUUGUAUAGUAGUUUUACUCCUAGUUUUAGACCUAUAGAGAUCCAUUAUCUCUUGCAAGAGGGUUUUGAGAGUGGUAAUAAUGGUAAAGCUGAAUAAAUUUGGAUUUCGCGUUUAACACUGACACAACCUCUCGCGUGUGAAUGGUUAAGUCACAGAAACAGAAGAUUCCUUUACAGUCUAGAAUAGAUUCCAGUUCACUACUGUGUAUAAUUUGAAUUUUUUUGAAUGUAAAAAAAAAAUCCUGUCAUGUUUGUUUUAAGCACUCGUAUGCGUGAUGAAAUGAAAUUCACUUGCUGGUAAUGUUGGUUAUAUGUUUGUCACUACUACCCAUCAGAAAUGUGAAUGUAGGUAUGAACAUUCCUGCUGCUGUUUGUGGAAUAAACGUCACAUGAGGAAUGUCGUAUGUCAUGAACAUUGA